AUGUUCUUCACUCGCUUCAUUAUUGCGGCUCUGACUGUUACGACUGCUCUCUCUCUCCAUGACUUCCACGCAUUGAACCCGCACGUCUUCGGAAAACGACAAGAGUACCAACCGUCCACAUACACAUGCGGCGCCGGGGCCACAUGCGAGAUAGCUUGCGGUGCUGGAUCUGUCGAAUGUGGUGACGCCCUUUGCAUCAACCCAGACCUGGGACACGUGUGCUGUGAACCAGGUUCAGCCGAUCCCUGGGGCUGCCUGGAUAAUGAUUACUGCCUCGUCGACGGCUGGUGCUGUCCCAAGGAGCAGGAUCCCCAGGCGUGCGCUCUGGCCAACGGCGUCACUUUGCCCCCUGAUUUCGUCGGCCCUACAACUACGGCUGCUGGCUCGAAUGUGACUUCUGUUGUUGCUUCGCUGACUUCGGGAGUUGCGAGGCCAACUUCUGGAAGCACGAAGCCGACGUCGGUAUCGUCUGGACUUCCUGAGUUCACUGGAGCGGCAAGUCUGAACACCGUUGCUGGUAGGAGUGGGUUUUUGUAUGCUGUUUUGGUCAUGGUGGGCAACGCGUUCUAG